AUGGUUAUCACGACUUCCGCGAAAGAUCUCUGCUUCAGAAACUCCGCACGCAAACAGUGGCGCAUGAGACCCGCCAUCGAACGCAUAUCCAGCUACCGGUACCUGGCUGCUCAAGAGUUCAAUAGUGGAAUACUGCUACACGUUUUCUCUGAAGGAGGAAGCAACAAAGCCUGCGAGCUAGCAGAGGCGCACUACAGGUUCACCGAGAGACGGCUUCCGGUCUCAGCCUUGUGUCUUGACAGCACACCAGGCCACCCACGCUAUCUACGCUUAUGCGAGGCCCUCAACAAAUCGCUACCUCAGAUACCGGUUGUGCGUCACAUUGCUAUACUAUUCGCCAGUAUAGUGCUGGGCUGCAUAUGGAUUUUGUACACCGGUAUCAAAGGAUUCGAGAACAACGUCAUCAGUCGGACUCGAAAGCGUAUUAAUGAUCCUAUCUAUUUCGACCCCACCGCACCACGUUGCUAUCUUUACUCAAAGAGCGAUGCGCUUAUUGCUUGGCAAGAUGUCUACGAGCAUCUGGAAGAGUCAGCAUGCGCUGGUAUGCCUGUCACUGAAGUGCUGUUCGAGAAAAGUGGGCAUGUCGGACAUGCGAAAGAAGAGCCGAGACGGUACUGGGAUGCUGUUUUUGCGACAUGGCAAGACGCACAAAUCAUGGAGAAGGAGAACGUAUAUGCCAAGUUCUCCGAAUCAGAAUUUCUGGUGCUAGAUCUGCCAAAAUUUCCGGACUUCUCCAAACAGAGGUGGAGCAACGGCGGAUUUCAACGCAUUUCCUGUUGA